AUGUCGAAAUCGGCCAUCUCAACCGCGGGCCAAGUCCUUCGCGAGCUUCAUGGCGUUGUGGUGACCGCCGGCCGGAUGUCGAAGACGGUCAAGGUACGCGUGGGCGGCCAGCAAUGGAAUCAAAAGGUCCAAAAGGUAAAUGCCUAUAUGCUUCUCGCCGAAACCCAUGGGCCAUGGCUGAUCACCACUUGUCGCCAGAUGUUUACGAAACCGAAGAAAUACCUCGUCCAUGAUCCCAACAACUCCUUGAGGCAAGGCGACAUCGUUUCGAUCGUUCCCGGUUGGAGAAGAUCCCCCCAAAAGCGCCACGUUGUCAAGAGUAUCAUCGCACCCCACGGCACUCCGAUCGAAGACCGCCCGAGCAUCCCGACGAUAGAGGAGCUUCUCGCUGCCCGUACGCAAAUGAAGGAGACAAAGGACGCAAGACGAGCGGAAAGGAGGCAGGAUAUCACAGAGAGGCCCACAGUUGCACCUCAGCCAGAAGUUGAUUGA